AAUAUGCCUUCAUUUAUAAUACUAUCCGGUUACAUCUUUAUAAAAUACUAAUACUUACUCAUGUUUUAAUCAAGUAUUUGAUAUGUUUUAUCAAAGUAAGCAUUGAUUAUUGAGAUCAUCAUAGUUCAUAUAUCUAUAGGUUGUAUAGCAACAAAACAGCAUCAAAAUGGCGGACACUAUGCUUGUUCGUGCUCUUAAGGGUAAACCAAAAGCCUUAAACCUAUGCAAUAAGAAAUUAGACAAAGUGCCAAAGAUCAUUGGAAAGCUUGAUUGUGUUUUACAUCUUCAAUUACGAGGGAACAAGCUAAAUACUCUUCCAAUGGAGCUUAGUCACUUGUUUCAGCUACAGAUCCUAAAUCUGGGAAAUAAUGAAUUUGAAGAAUUACCCGAAGUCCUUGAAUAUCUUACAAUGUUAGAGAAACUUCAUCUGUUCAACAACAAGCUGAAAACUCUGGCUCCAAAAGUGCUAACAAACCUGAGGAAUUUAACAUUCCUUAACCUAAAUUCAAACAACCUAAAAACAUUUCCUCCUGAAAUAUGUAGACUGUCUAGUCUCCAACAUCUGUCAGUGGAUUCGAACCAGUUAACAGAGCUACCCGUGGAAAUCUGUGCAUUACUUCGACUGGAGGAAUUCCAUGUAGCCAAUAACCAGCUGACAAGUCUUCCGCUUGAGUUUGGAUUCCUUGUCAAUCUAGAAAAAUUGUACCUUCAGAAGAACAAAAUUAGAGAACUGCCAGAGAGUCUAGGAAAGUGUUAUAAAUUAAGGACAGUUGAUAUUGCUGCAAAUGAACUUAGAAUUUUUCCUACUGAGCUGAGUGCUCUCCCUUUGAAAGAGUUACACUGUGAGGAAAACCCCCUGUUACAACACAUUCCUGUCCAUUCAGUACAAGAAGAGGAGGUCCUCUCACUGAAGGAAAUUGGUGCAAGAUACAUUAUGAAGGAACUCAAGGAUAGUAAACCGACUGCUGGAAAAGACAGGUGGUCCUACCUGAGGAAGGCUAUCCGCCAUUACCCCCAGAUCAAGGAGAUGCUGGCCCAGUCCAGUAAAUGUGCCGUGUGUGGGGAGUCCUUCCUCAAUACAUGGCUGGAGUGUGUACGCUUUGUAGAUGCUAGAGAGGAUUUGAAACUCAACAACCUGUCGGGUCUGAUCCCAGUGCGGGCUCUACUCUGUUCCUAUCGAUGCUUCAACUCUUCAGGACAUGAUUACUAUGGUGUGGCCUUUCCUUGACCUCUAAGUAGACCAAUGUUUAAAGAAUGAGUCUGUCCAAGGGAAGUAACUCUGUCAUAUCAUGUGAUUUAAUCUUCAAAUACGUUGAUGCUGAGAUGUGUCCUCAUUAAACUAUUGUGACCCAUAAACACAUUUAAGUUAUAUACAUGUGUAUUUCCUUUGAACUAGCAUCAAAAAUCCUUUGCAAGAGAAACAAAGUUUUUCCAGUGAUAUGUACAUGUAACUGACUAUGGUGUUUUUGUCCAAUAUUCUGUAAAUGUUUUAAGUGGGUGGAGUUUCUAUCUGGACUAUGUACAGAAUUUGCAUUGGCCUUUUUGAAAUGCAUAUCAGAAUUAAGCAAGUUGCAUGGUAUAAACUACCAUUAAAAUUCACGUCUGUGAGAAUAUAUAUAAAAUGUGCAGAUGACGUUUUAUCUUAAUUCAUACUUUUCUUUUUUUUUCCUGAAUAAAAGAGAGUGUUUUAUCAUUUUACCAUCUAAAUUAUUCUUGUAUAUUUUUAAUGUAUAGAAAUUUGUAUUUACAUUCACUUGUUCACAAAAGUUUGAAGUUUUAAGAAAUGUUUGCCCAAAUAUUUAUUAUAUGUAUCUAGCUAGAGCCAUGCAUUGGGGGUAGGUUGUCCAAAAAAAAAGAGCAACAUCAGUUGCUUUUUGUGACACACCUCUAAAAUCUGUGCAUAUCGAGUACCGAUAGUUUUUCUUAAAACUUAACUACCGAUAACAUGAAUUGGUAUUUGUAUUUUGAGUUUUAUUAUUGUUGAUUUUGUAAACACAUUUUUAUUGUUAUAUCAUUGAAAGUUUAUUUUUAUAUUAUUUCCUAACAUUAAAAUGCCUAUUUCUACAUCUUA